AUGGAUCACCGCGGGCCGCUGUUGCCCGAUGGCCGCCGGCUGGCGGCCGCGCUCCUCCUCCUCCUGGCGGCCUGCCUCUCGUCUGCCCGGGCCGUCACCAGCGAGGAGGCCUCCUACAUCGCACAACGCCAGCUGCUCGCCAUGAGCGAGGCCGGGGUGGGCGAGGACGGCGACCUCCCCGCGGACCUGGAGUCGAGGCCUUGCCUGGAGUUCGACGGCAAGGCCGCCACCGCCAACCUGACCUUCCCGAACGACCGCCUCCGCCGCGCCUACAUCGGCCUCCAGGCCUGGCGCAAGGCCUUCUACUCCGACCCCAAGAACUUCACCAGCGACUGGGUGGGCGCCGACGUGUGCUCCUACAACGGCGUGGUCUGCGCGCAGGCGCAGGACGACGCCAAGGCCACCGUGGUCGCCGGGAUCGACCUCAACGGCGCCGACAUCGCCGGCUACCUCCCGCCGGAGCUCGGCCUGCUCACCGACCUCGCCUUCUUCCACAUCAACACCAACCGCUUCUGCGGCAUCAUCCCCAAGAGCAUGUCGCGCCUCACCAUCCUCUGGGAGUUCGACGUCAGCAACAACCGCUUCGUCGGCCCCUUCCCCUACGUCUGCCUCGAGAUGCCCACGCUCAAGUACCUCGACAUCCGCUUCAACGAGUUCGAGGGCGAGCUGCCGCCCGCGCUCUUCGACAAGCCCUACGACGCCAUCUUCGUCAACAGCAACCGCUUCGUCGGCCCCAUCCCGGAGACCAUCGGAAACUCCACCGCCUCCGUCGUCGUCUUCGCAAACAACAAGUUCGUCGGAUGCAUCCCCAAGAGCAUCGGACGCAUGGCCAAGACGCUCGACGAGAUCAUCUUCCUCAACAACACCCUCGAAGGCUGCAUGCCGCUCGAGAUCGGCAUGCUCACCAACACCACCGUCGUCGACGUCAGCGGCAACAGCCUCGUCGGCUCGCUGCCCAAGGAGAUCUCCGGCUGCAGCAAGCUGGAGCAGCUCGACGUGUCCAGGAACGUCCUCACCGGCAUCGUGCACGAGGCCAUCUGCGAGCUCCCCAUGCUCGUCAACUUCAGCUACGCAUCCAACUUCUUCGAGUCCGAGUCCGCGCCCUGCAUGCCCUCCGACAAAUCCGAGGUCAACCUCGACGACGCCAACAACUGCCUCGGCGCGCUCCGCCCCGCGCAGAAGACCACGCUCCAGUGCGCGCCCGUGCUCGCGCGCCCCGUCGACUGCAACAAGCACGUGUGUGCCGGGCCGCACCCGACGACGAUGCCCUCGCCGGACAGGAAGCAGGCAUCACCGCCGGCGCUGUCCCCGAUAAUUGGGCCAGCAAUGGAGAUCCCGACGCCAGCACCAGCACCCGCACCCGUGGUUUCGCCACCCGCACCAGAGAAGGUUCUUCCACCACCGGCGCCCGUGAAGGUGCUUCCGCCACCCGCACCAGAGAAGGUGCUUCCACCACCGGCGCCCGUGAAGGUGCUUCCGCCACCCGCACCAGAGAAGGUGCUUCCACCACCGGCGCCCGUGAAGGUGCUUCCGCCACCCGCACCAGAGAAGGUGCUUCCACCACCGACGCCUGUGAAGGUGCUUCCGCCACCCGCACCGGUGCACUCUCCUCCACCCCCUGUGAAAUCUCCUCCCCCGCCGGCUCCAGUGAGCUCUCCACCCCCUCCGGUGAAGUCUCCACCCCCACCAGCACCGGUCUACUCUCCACCACCACCGGUGAAGUCUCCUCCCCCACCCGCACCGGUGAGCUCUCCACCACCUCCAGUCAAGUCUCCUCCCCCACCCGCGCCAGUCCACUCUCCACCACCCCCGGUGAAAUCUCCUCCCCCGCCUGCUCCAGUGAGCUCUCCACCACCUCCUGUGAAAUCUCCUCCCCCACCUGCACCGAAGAAGUCUCCGCCAACGGAAACACCGUCAUUACCACCUCCGGUGAAGUCCCCAUCACCGCCAAAACCAGUCAGCUCACCGCCACCGGUACCGGUGAAGCCCCCACCGGCUCCAGUGAGCUCACCACCACCGGCGCCAGUGCUUCCACCACCAGCACCGGUGAAGCCUCCACCAGUUCCAGUGAGCUCACCCCCUCCCCCUGUGAAAUCUCCACCACCACCCGCUCCAGUUAGCUCGCCACCACCUCCAGUCAAGUCUCCUCCUCCACCCGCACCGGUGAGCUCACCACCACCUCCGGUGAAAUCGCCACCACCCCCCGCCCCAGUUAGCUCGCCGCCACCUCCAGUCAAGUCUCCUCCACCGCCGGCACCUGUCAGCUCACCGCCACCGGCACCAGUGUUAUUGCCUCCUCCAGCAAAAUCCACCCCAGCACCGGUGAAAGAAGAGCCACAGUCACCUCCGGCGGAAUCACUUACACCCCCGAAGUUCGACGAGUUCAUCAUGCCGCCGGUCGUGUCGGCAAAAUACGCGUCACCACCACCACCCCAGUUCCAAGGAUAUUAAGCAUGGCAUCAUCGAAACAUCGACGAGGAGCGACCAAUUAUGGUUUAACAAAACAUCGCGUGCACAUGCACACAUGUACCUCAUUUAUAUGGAACGUGCAUGCAUGCAUGCAUGCGUCCUGACUUAUUAUUAAUUAUGUGUAUGUCUGUGCGUACGUGCGACGGUGAAGUGUAUGAUGCCUUUUUUUUUUUGGAGUGGUCAAUUUUAUUAAAGCAUCAAGCAACUUUUUUUUUUUGGAAAUGUGAUCCAUAAUGCCUUAUGUUCUGCUUUUCCCUUUAGGACAAAUGUAUUUCUUUCUUUUAUGAGCAAACAGUGUAUGAGAUUGAAGGAACAAAUACACAGUUAAAUGGUGUUUUGGUUUA